AUGGCAGAUGAAAUUCCAAUAUUAUUACAAGAGCAUUCUCAACGGUCAUUACAAAUAUUUAACCUUGAGGCUAAAGCUAAAAUAAAAUCUCAUACAUUGGAUGAAGAUAUUGUAUUUUGGAAAUGGGUUAAUGAUAAAACAAUUGGACUUGUUACACAAAAAGCUAUUUGUCACUGGACAUUAGAAGACCUCCACAUCUCCAGCUAA